AUUCAUAUUGAAAAUAAUUUCCUUAAUACAUAGAUUUCCAGCAAAAAAAAUCGGUGAACAAAUUUAUAACAAACUCGUGUUUCAUUCCGAAUGACAAUUAAGAAUGGUGUUUUUAUUAUUUUCUAAUACAACAAAUUUUCAUAUCUAUAAUCGUUAAAAAUUUUCAUUUCUUCAACCUUAAAAAGUUUAUAAACGUUAAAAAAGUUGGUGUUUACAGUUAUAACAAAAAUGGCAUUAUUAAAAUGAUUCUUAAGAUCAGUUACAAAAAAUGAUUUUUGAGAUACAUAUAUUAAGAUAGUAAGAAUAUGUGUUGUAAAGAUGAAGAGUUAUUGUGUACCACACAAAUGCACCAAGUGCUCAGAUGUCAUGAUGUCGAAUCUAUGUACCGGAGAUAAGAAAAUAAGGAGUUAUGAAAAUAAAUAGAGCUUGUUUUUUUUUUUUUUUUUGAAGAUUAAAUAGAGCUUGUUAAGUAAACAAAUGUUAAUAAGUAUAUUUGAUAAAAAAAAAACAAAUGUUAAUAUAUUGAUCUAAGAGGUGUGCAUGUUUAAAUAAAUACCAAUGAGGAGUUGCAAGUCAAAGAGACGGUUACAAACUUAACUUCUCUUUUGUAACCUUCAUUUUGUUAUUAAAUACUUUUUUUUAAUUUAACAGAUUAUUUGUCGAAAAACUAAACUGUCAAAAAUUUAUUAUAGUCUACUAAUCACAUCUCUAUAAUCUUUUCGUUUAUUUUCUAAAAGCGUCUAAAAAUGCAUAAUUUUUCUAAAUAAAUGUCAAGGUUGUGAAUUUCAUCAUGCUGUAUCUUUUCAUCCUAAAAAUGACAUUAGUUAAUUUUUUUUUAUCAAAAUAUAUAAGUAUAUAUCUAUUAAUCUUAACAAUAUUUUUUUUUCAUUUUAAGAAUUGCGUUGGUCUAAAAGAAGUUGUCAAAUGUAUAAGGAUAUGUCUUUCCAUCUUAGAUGUUGCUUUUGUUAAAAAUAAAUUGUCAAAAGUGUAUAUUUUCUCCAAAUAAAUGUGAAAAGUUGCACUUUUUCAUCUUAAGUGACAUUUUAAAAAAAAUGUUGUCAAAAUUUAUGAAUAUGUAUCCUUUCAUUUUAUAUAAAAUGUGGCAUAAUUUUUUCAAAAUGAGUUCCUGUGCGAUAUCUUUCGGGUUCCUUACCUAGUUCUUAUAAUAAAAUAUUAUAUUAUUUUUGGAUUUAAAAAAUAAUUAUUAAUAUUUUUCCAAAAUGAGUUCUCUUGCUAUAAAUAUCAAUCUAACUUUAAAGAUAAUUUUUACAAAUUUUAAUUUAUCUUUUUUUUUAGUUUUGUGCUGAUUUUUGUUUAUUUUUACAUACGUGAUUAUUUAUAUAUAUAUAUAUUUUUUAAACUCUAUAUCUUUUUGAAUAUUUUAUUUUUGUUAAUUUGUUGUUUAAUUUUUUAUUUACUUUAUCAAAUUAAGAUGCUGAUUUUUAUAUUAUUAUAAUGAUAUUUUAAAAUUCUAUGUGAACAUUUAAAUAAUAUAUAUCCUCAAUUUUGAAAUCAUAUGUUAUUUAGAUUCAUAUGUAAUGAAAAAGUGAUUUAGAUUUACAUUGUCUUUAUUAUUUGAAAUCCUUAUAUUUUUAAGAUUAUUUUUGUUACUUAAUUUUAUGUUGAUCUUCCAAGCAUUUAUUUUUUAUAAUAAACUGAUUCUUUUAGUUAUUUGGGAAUUUUGUUUACUAAAUUUAUUAUUGAUUUUUUUUUAAAGAAAUAGCUUCCAUUUUGAAAUCAUAUUUUGUUAGAUUCAUACGUAAUGAAAAGUGCUUUAGAUUCAUAUUGUUUUUAUUAUUUUAAAUUCUUGUAGUCUUUACGAUUUGUUUUGUUAGUUAAUUUUAUGUUGGUCUUUCAAAGGUUUACUUUAUAUAUCAAAUUGAUUCCUUUAAUAAUUUUGUCUUUUCACUAAAUUGAAUAGUAGUUUCCUUUUUUAUUUUGAAGUAAACAUUUUUUGAAAAUUUUAAAAUAAUAAUUAAAAUGGUAAUUUGACAUAUUUUGGUGCUUUAAAAUACUAUGUGGAUAUUCUCAAUGAUUUAUUACAUCAAAUUACAUAUAGUACAUAUUUUUGUUGGAAUAUUUUCCGUAGUAUAUAACCUAAAUUUUGUAAAUCAUGUGUUUUAGAUUUAUAUAGUUAUAAUUUUUUGAAAGUAUUGCAUUUUUAAAUUAACUAUUAUAUUUGUUUCUUAUUUUUAUGUUAAUUUUUGAAACUUUAUUUUAUAUAGUAUAGAUUUGUACAUGAUAUUUUUAAUUUUGUAAGCUUAACUUAUUUGAUUAUUAUUUAUAUUUUAUUUUGAAAUAAAAAAUUUCGUAAUAUUAACAUUUUUUUAAAUACCAAAUUUAAAAACGAUUUGGUAUAUUUUUGGUGCUUUAAAAUAUUUUAUGUGAGCAUUCUCAAUAAUUUAUAAUAUGAACUUGUAUAUAUUAUAUGUUAUUUUGAAUAUUUUCAAUAGUAUAUAACCUAAACUUUGAAAAUCAUGAGUUUAAAUUUAGAUUUAGAUAAUUAUGCUUGUCUGAAAGUCUUGUAUUUUUAAAUUAAUUAUUCUUUUUAUUAUUUAUUUUUUAAUUUUCGAAAGAUAUUAAACAUUAUGUUAACUUAAUAUAGUAUUUAUAUUUUUGUAAAUUUACCUUGUUUGUUUUUGAUUUAUAUUUUAGGUAAUAUUGACAUUUUCGAAAAUAGCAAAUGUAGUAAUUAUUGAGAAAUAUCCUAGGAUAACACUAAAAAAGUUUUGGUCACAAAAAUAGACCACAAAGAGGAAAAUGACCAAAAUAUUUGAUUAAAGAGGUAAAUAUAUAUUUAUACCCCUAGUGUUAACUAAUCUAAACCUUAGUGUUUAGAGUUAAGGGGUGGAUAUUUGGGAUUGAGGUUUAAAAUUUUAUAAAAUAAAAAUAAAUAUUAAGAAUUUGAAAAAAAAAUACAAUAAAAUAAAAUAAAAAAAUUUCGAAAAAAAUUCAUAAAAAAUAUAUAAAAAAGUUUGAAUUUGAAAACAUAUAAUCUAAAACUUUUAAAAAAAUUCUUUUUAAAAUUUUUUUAUUUUAAUUUUUUUUAAAUUUUUUAUAUCUACUGUAUUAGUGUCAUAUUACAUAUUAAAUAAAAAAAGUUUGGUCAUUUUCCUCUUUGUGGUCUAUUUUUGUGACCAAAACUUGAAAAUAGUCUAUUUAGGAGAAUUGCCCAUGAUUAUUCUUUUCGUUAUUUAUUUUUUUAAUUUUCAAAAAAUAUUAAACAUUAUGUUAACUUAAUAUAGUAUUUAUAUUUUUGUAAAAUUACCUUGUUUGUUAUUGAUUUAUAUUUUAUUUUAAAAUAAAUGAUUUUAGGUAACAUUGACAUUUUUAAAAGGGCAAUUGUCAAUAAUAGCACCUUUUGAAGUUUAUGUCCCGAAAAUAGCACUAGAAGGAGAAAGUCACAAAAAUAGGUUUCAUUAAAGGGGUAAUUUACCCUUAUACCCUUUGUUAUAAGAAUAAAAAAAAAACAUUUCAUUUCCUUCGAUCGCGAAUCGUGUCGUCUCCUCUCGGGAAUCUUCAAACCCUCACCGGCACUGUCGUCUCCGACUCGGGAAUCGUCGUCUCCGGCUCGGGAAUCAUCUUCUCCGACUCGGGAAUCGUCGUCUCCGGCUCGGGAAUCAUCUUCUCCGGCUCGCUAGUCAUCUUCUUCGGCUCGCUAAUCAUCUUCUCCGGCUCGUUAAUCAUCUUCUCCGGCUGGCUAAUCAUCUUCUCCGGCUCGCUAAUCAUCUUCUCCGGCUAUCUAAUCAUCAGCGUCACACUCUCUACUCUCAAAAUCAGACACAAAUCACUAUGUAACUUUUUAAAAUUAGGGUUUUUGAAUUAAAAUUUGGGAAGCUUGCGUUUUGAUUUUGAUUUGUUUGUUACUCUUUCUUAUUAACCAGCGAAGCAAAUGAAAGACUUUUGAAUUGUGAGAACACAAAGUUGUUGGAGCGUAAUUCAUCUCUUUGAGGUAUGUUGCAGAUUCAACCUUAUGUGUGUUUUCUUUCUGAGAGAUUGGUCUCCUGGUUUUUGCUUGUGUAUAGACUUGCUCGUUUUAACGUAAUAUGAUUGGUAGACUUCAGGAAGGAUUUGUAUAGACUUCAGGAAGGAUUUGUAUUGUUUCAGGAAACCCUUCCUGAAAAUUGGAUUUUUUUUUUCUUGUCUACGCAGGAUAGAAACAAGAUGGGAGAUUCAGUACCUCUAAAACUAGCACUGCCAGAGCUGAAGUAUCCUAUUGGUUCACAGCCAAAGGAAAAGUCAGCAAUCAACCAAUACUCUGGCUCAGAGUAUAUCUCUAUUGUCAAAAGCAUCCUAAAACCAGAUGAGAUGAUAAGAGUCCGAGGAUCAUUUCUGGGACCUGUAAUGAAGCUCAGUGAGAGAGGAUUGAAGUUAUCAGCAAAGAUAGUCUACGCCAUUCUCACUAGAAGCAUCGUUUCUGUCAAGCAGAAUGAAGCCUGGUUCCAUUUCGGUGCGCAGCCAAUGAGGUUCUCUAUAAGAGAAUUUCAUAUGAUGACAGGCUUGAAAUGUAGUGGUGCAUUAGAAGGACCACGAAGGGAAACCGAGAGAUUUAAUUGGGAAUUGCUAAAGGGGCGUAGUCAUAAGUUAAGUGACGUGGUGGACCAGCUCAGAAACACAAGAGAAGAUGCUUCUGAGGAGAGAGUAUGCCUCGCAAUGCUCAUCCUGGUAGAGAGCAUAUUAUUGCGGAAGAGCAAAGGAGGGAGUUUUCCUUUGGAAUAUGCGAAAAAUGCACAGGAUAUGACAUAUCCAUGGGGAAAAGAGGCUUACAUUGUGCUCCUGAAGUCAAUUCAAAACGCUGUCGCGAAUCAUUUGGAGAAUAAAUCCAAAUUUGAGUUGCAAGGUUAUCCUCUAGUAUUCCUUCUUUGGAUACUAGAGUCGAUUCCUUUGCUAAGGGAUAAGUUCAGUAAGUGUGUACCAACAGUUGAGGUUCCUGGGCCGACUUACUUGUGUGAAAAAUACACUGAGGUAGAGAAUCCAUCACUUGAUAGGGUUUUACAGGUUGAAGCUGAUACAAAGCUGAAGGUCCAUUGCAUACUACCUUCUAUUCCUCAUGAUCCAGAAGAUGAUAUCUCCAUUGAAGACAAAUAUAGUGACGAGCUGGAAACAGUGAAAGAUGUAACAAAGAAAGGGUACAAGAUUACAGCCGAUGACUGGGAAAAUAGGUGUGUAGACACAUUUGACACAUUGGAUGCUCUUAUUCAAAUGAUGGCAAAUAAGGAGACUGGCCAAGCUUCUACUCCGAUUGAUGAGGAUUCAGUAAAUGAAAAAGUGAACAGGAUCAUCACGGUAAUGGAGGAGAAUCUGAAGAGCAUGAAGGAUCGAAUGUCAUUACUGGAAGAAGAAAACAUACAUCUUAGAGCUCGUGUGUCAGAGUUGGAAGGAAACAACAAUGUUUUUCCCACUAACGUGACACAAAAGCGAUCCAGUGGGACACCUUUAUCUCCAAUGUCUCACACGCAACCAUCGAGUGAGACACCUUUAUCUCCAAUGUCUCACACGCAACCAUCGAGUGAGACACCUUUAUCUCCAAUGUCUCAACAGCCUAAUUUGACACAUGAGGUAUGUAACCAAUAAAUAUUGUUGAGUUUUGAAGUAAUAUUUGGAAAGCUUUUGUACUUCUUGAAUGCAUUCCUGAUUUUUGCAGGAGACAAUGAUUGAAUCAGCUGCAUCUCCAAAGUCUCAACAAAAUGAGGUAUAUGCUCAAAAAUUUUUAAGAAAAUAUUUGGAAAUUCUUGUACAAAAUCCUGAAUGCCUUCCUGAUUUUUGCAGGAUUACACGCAACCAUCGAGUGAGACGCCUUUAUCUCCAAUGUCUCAACAGCCUAAUUUGACACAUGAGGUAUGUAACCAAUAAAAUAUUGUUGAGUUUUGAAGUAAUAUUUGGAAGCUUUUGUACAUAUUCUUGAAUGCAUUCUUGAUUUUUGCAGGAGACAAUGAAUGAAUCAGAUGAUGAAACUCCUGCCCUUGAUACUCAAGUAUUCUCUCCUAAUCUGACAAAAGAGGUAUAUGCUCAAUGAUAUUGUUUUCACAGUUGGAGUUUACAAAUUAGUUUUGGGUGAUUUUUUUUUACAUAUAAAGGCUUUUCUGAUUUUUGACAGAAAGAAACAGAAACGUCUACUCCAAUAGCUCCAAAGAGUAUUGAAACUCCCGUUUAUACUCCAAGUCAGACUCAACAGAUUGAGAGAGAGCCAUCGGAUGACACGCCUGCCCUUGAUACUCAAGUUUUUACUCCUAAUCUGACAAAAGAGGUAUAUGCUCAAUGACAGUUGGAGUUUACAAUUAGUUUUGGGUGAUUUACAUAUAUAGACCUUUCUAAUUUUUGGCAGAGGGAAACACAAACCUCUACUGAUGAAACGCCACCCAAAACUAAUCAAGAAGAAGGAAAACCAGAUGAUGAGGUAAUAUUUACUCUAGAAAUUAUAAUUGAAUGUAUUCAUGAUGGCCUUUCCUGAUAUUUUUUGCAGAUUGUGAUUGAGUCACCUGCUGCUCAGACUCAAGUUUUGCAAAAAGAAACACUGGAAAUGAAUGAGACACCUUCUUCUCCAAUAUCUCCAAAGAGUAUUGAGGCUCAAGUUUUUACUCCAAUUCAGAAACAGCAGGUAAAUGUUCAAAAAAUCUUGGAGAUUUCAAGUAAUGUUUGAAAGCUUUUGUACGUGUUUUUGAUCCCCUACCUGACUUUUUUUUGUUUUUUUUGCAGACGGUAACAUAGGAAACGUAUGAGGCUACACAGCCAUUGACUGAGAUCAUUUCAGCAAACAAUAAAAAGGUAAGCAUAGAAAUGUCUUUCAUAAGUACAAUUUGAAUUUUAAAUUGUAGAAACUUCUUCAUAACUACCUCAUUUAUUUUGCUGUUAUUACAGGAGGAUACACAUGCUGUGCAUCACACACCUUCCUCUCCAUUGUCUUCACUAAUUGCACUAGUUAUUGAAGAAAAUAAGAAUGCUUUGGUAAGAAGAAAUAUUUAAAAUGUUUAUGUAAUAUUUUUCUAUUCAACUAACUCUUACCAUUUACUUUUGUCUUAUAGAGUGAGACAGAAACUGCGACCCAAUAUUUUUCUACAAGUGAAGGAGAGCAUACACAAUCAAGCAGAAGAAAAUCUCAAGGAUACUACAGAACCUACUACUGAGCUAGUUUCCACAGAUGUUUCGAAGACACAGCCUCUUACUCCGCAAACACAGCACCUUCAGACAAGUGAGGGAGAUCAAUCCGAUGAGACACCAUCAGAGCAGAAUCAAGCAGAAGAAAAUCUCAAGGAUACUACAGAACCUACUACUGAGCUAGUUUCCACAGAUGUUUCGAAGAUGCCGCCUAUUACUCUGCAAACAGAGCAUCUUCAGACAAGUGCUAUAGAUUUUUCAGAAACAAACGAGGUAUGCAUCGAGUAUAUUUGAUCUUUAAUUAUUAUUCUAACAAUUUAAAACCGCUGAUGUUACUGAAUCUUCAUUUUUAAUAGGUUGAAGUAAGCAGGCUUCUAGCUCACUUUCAAAUAGGCGCAGAGGUUGAGAUUUUGUCUACUGAUGACGAAAUAUGGUAUCCAGGAAAGGUUGUUGAUCUUAAACUGUGUGAAGGACUAGAGGAGCUGACAGUUGAGUACACGACACUCUUCACAGACCAACAUAGACUUCAGAAACUUCAGGAUACUAUCACGGCUGACAAAAUACGUCCUGCAACACCAACUAGUGACCAAAAAUCCUUUGAGAUGAUGGAUAAGGUAGAAGCCUUUUACAACAAUGGCUGGAGCAGCGGACAAAUUAGCAUGGUACUUGGUGAUAACACAUACUCGGUGUGUCUCUAUACUUCUAUGGAAACUAUUCUAUUCAAACAUUCAGAUUUGCGAAUUCAUAGAGAAUGGAAAGAUGGAGUCUGGAAGAUGGCAGAUAAGGUAAAUCAUAACUAGAAUUAUACUUCACGUGAAUUGUUUGAUAUACAUACAUUUUAGUUUCAGGAAUGGUUUCCAGAAAUUCCGAUUGCAACAAAUUUGAUAAUAUUUUGCUUGGUGUCUAUUGUUUGAUUAAAGGUGAAGCCUGAUAAGAAAAGGAAAGCUGCUGCCUCAUCACAAAAUUCAGGAAUGGAUAAUGUUUUCCUAAGAAGGAGCGAGAGGGUGCCUAAACGAUCUAGAGA